CACUAAAAAAGAGACAUACAAAGAGAGGCACUGAAGGAAGAAGAAAAAUUCAUACUUAUACCUAAGGGUUCAAUAAACGAAAACCAGAAGAAUGAGUUUUGCGGUGGUUUCAGGUUCCGAAACCCGCUUUCAUUUGUAUUCAACAACACCUAAUAAACCCACCAAAAAUUCCAUUCCCGACAGUUUUUCAAGCAUUUCCUUUAGUUCCCACUUGACAAAUUCUAGAAUUCUAUUCAAAACUUCAUCUGGGAAGACUCCAAUACCCCAUUCCAGGGUCAGUUUUAAGGCAUUUUAUGCACCAACGCAAAGCAAAGACAGUUUCUACGAUGUGUUGGGGAUUACAGAAAGUGGGUCAAUUUCUGAUAUAAAGAAAGCUUAUAAACAAAUGGCAAGAAAAUAUCAUCCUGAUGUGUCUCCACCGGAGCGUGUUGAUGAAUACACCAGGAGAUUUAUAUUAGCUAAAGAGGCUUAUGAAACCCUUUCUGAUCCACACACCAGAGCUUUGUAUGAUCAAGAUUUAUCUAAUGGAUUGGCGUUCAAUUUUUCUUCUGGAAGAGGAUAUGAAUAUAGCCAGAGACGGGACGAGAAAGGGGAGUGGAAAAUAAAGUGGCAAUCUCAACUAAAUGAAUUGAAGCAAAGGAAAAAGGAUUCAGAAGGAAGAAUGUCUUGGGGAGCUCGAAUGCGAAGCCGGAGAUGAUGUAUUAAUUUUGCGGCUUUGCCCUUGGAUUUAACUAAUUGGCUGUGUAUUUAAUAUUUAGAAUACGACUUUCUACUCUCUCUCUCAUUUUUUUUUUUCUCUGUAUUAGUUAGAAUUUCAUUAGUUUACACGAUAAUCAUCAGCAACGGAAUGUUUCUGAUAGAUUCCAAUGUAUAUUCUUCUUAAUGAGUUCAAGUUUGAGAGGCCUCCCAAGCAUAACUUCU